CAGCGGAGCAAUCCCUGUAACCCUUUACGGAACUGGCGUAGCAAACGUGCGCAGCGACAAAGACAGCGAGCCCGAAACCUAUGGGGAAGGAAUAAAAAAAGAAAUUCACUACCGUCGCACUCUGUACCUUAAAGACUAUCAUUUUCUGACGAGCUCGCUGCCCCGGAGGCUCGUUGAAGACACCGAAAUUUGACGGCGACGAGGGCGGAUUUAGAGGCAGCGCAGAGCCAUUGAAUUCGUUGAAGAAGACUGUGGCAACUGGCAGAUUUUCCGUUGGACUGUCUGUAGGCUAGGGUAUAGCGAGGGAGCCGCCAUGGCAGUCGGAUCAUUGAGCCUCCACAUCGGGAUAUGAAGAGGAUUGUCAAGAAAACGCCGCAUUUACCUUUGAUCCGCACCGGAUCGGCACUCUUAACAUCUGAUCUCACACUUCUUCGUCUUUGUGAAACUGAAUUGAAGAAAUCUCAGUUGGUUUUCGGGGGGCCACAGGGAGAGGCCAGAUUCAUGACUAUUUUAGUCGGAGACGUGUCUUUAGAGGCCCGCUGAAAGAAAACCUGGAAUAAAGGGAAGAAAUGCUGCUCUGAUUGAGCUUUGCUGGGAAAGAAAGGGUAACGUUUAUUAGGUGAUACGAACUAGAGUGAAAUAUCGUGGGGUAAAAGGGGACGCUUUCUGCCUAAGUUACCCUGUGUGAAUUAUAGUGCUAUUCAUUUACUGGCAUCCUUUUGUGGAUGAGAAGGUUCGGUAGAGCGAUCAGCCCCGCCGUUUAGCAAGUCACAGUUCUCCGAGUCGAGAGAGAAUCAAAGGGGAUUGGAUCAUGUCGGGUCGGCCCAGGACCACAUCCUUCGCGGAGAGCUGCAAACCAGUGCCGCAGCCCUCGGCUUUCGGCAGCAUGAAAGUCAGCAGAGAUAAAGACGGCAGCAAGGUAACAACAGUCGUGGCCACUCCAGGCCAAGGCCCAGACCGACCACAGGAGGUGAGCUACACGGACACUAAGGUCAUCGGUAAUGGCUCGUUCGGCGUUGUCUACCAGGCUAAACUCUGCGACUCCGGAGAGCUGGUUGCCAUCAAGAAGGUCCUGCAAGACAAGAGGUUUAAGAACCGUGAGCUGCAGAUCAUGAGGAAGUUGGACCACUGCAACAUAGUCCGCCUGCGCUAUUUCUUCUACUCCAGUGGAGACAAGAAAGAUGAAGUGUAUCUGAAUUUGGUUCUGGAUUAUGUCCCUGAGACUGUCUACAGAGUGGCCAGACACUACAGCCGAGCCAAACAGACUCUGCCCAUGGUUUAUGUUAAGUUGUACAUGUACCAGCUGUUCAGGAGUCUGGCCUACAUCCAUUCGUUUGGGAUCUGUCAUCGGGACAUAAAGCCCCAGAAUCUGCUGCUGGAUCCAGAGACCGCCGUGCUCAAGCUCUGUGACUUUGGCAGUGCUAAGCAGCUGGUCCGUGGGGAGCCUAAUGUGUCCUACAUCUGCUCUCGCUACUAUCGAGCCCCUGAGCUCAUCUUUGGUGCCACUGACUACACUUCCAGCAUAGAUGUGUGGUCAGCCGGCUGCGUGCUGGCAGAGCUGUUGUUAGGCCAGCCAAUCUUCCCCGGUGACAGUGGAGUGGAUCAGUUGGUUGAAAUUAUCAAGGUUCUCGGCACCCCAACCCGAGAGCAGAUCCGUGAGAUGAACCCCAACUACACUGAGUUCAAAUUCCCCCAGAUCAAGGCACACCCAUGGACUAAGGUGAGUCAACAGGUGUUCCGGCCGCGCACGCCUCCGGAGGCCAUCGCCCUGUGCUCUCGCCUCCUGGAGUACACGCCCACGGCCCGUCUCACCCCUCUAGAGGCCUGUGCACACUCCUUCUUUGAUGAGCUGCGUGAUCCCAACGUCAAACUGCCCAACGGGAGAGAGAAGCCCUCCCUCUUCAAUUUCACCACCCAGGAGUUAUCCAGUAAUCCCUCUUUGGCAUCCAUACUCAUCCCUGCCCAUGCACGCAGCCAGGCCGCCGCCUCUACCCCUACCAACGCCUCUGCGACCACAGAUGGCAGCAGCACAGAGCGAGGUCCCAGCACCACCACCGCCUCUGCCUCGGCCUCCAACUCCACCUCCUGAGUCCACAGACCACCCGCCCUGCCCCGGUCUCAGCCCCAGCCGACGGCCUCUCCAUUGCCCCGGCCAGGGGGUGAGCUCCGCUCGGCUCUGCUCUGCCCUGCUCUCCUCUCUGACAGCAGCAGAGCGAUGCUGACGCGGUCCGGGUUCAACAGCUAGCCAUCAGCCCCGUGCCACAACCACAAACCAAGCAUCCCGAGUCAGCCUCUUUGAUCCCUCACUUGGCCCCUCAUCCAGCUGUUUGAACUCUACUCCAUCCUCCGUUAAAGACAUCUCCCCGUUCCCUUUCAACGGGGAAGCAAAGUGCAGGGCCAGAGGUGUUGUCGACUGUACUAUUUAUAAAAGUACACUGUACAUGUAUACACAAUGCUAGCCUGCUAAUGUUUGUAAGAGGACAAUCUGUAGAAAAAGUCCUAAGCUGUUCCCCUUGACCCUCACCCUAUCCAGUCUUCCCCUUUUGUCCUACUCCACAUUGUCCCAUUUUUCUGCAUUCUCACCCUUUGACCCCUGACCCCUGUGUCCCCUGGCAGAUGCCCCACCCCCCUUUGGUUCCACCUGUAGUGCAUGGCCUGAGUAUGGUUAGGAUCACCUGUGGGGUCACCCCGCCCUCUCACUUCUCACCUCCACUUCCGCAGACAAGGCAUGAGGCUCGCUCACGGGUAUACACACAUACACACUCAUAAACAAACACACACCCACAUCCUCACACACACAUACACACACGCGGAUGCAUGAUGAUCCUGAUGUAUGUGGAAAGAAGCAGUCCACUUGCAGGCAUAACGUUUGGACAGGUUGUUUUUGUUUCGUGUCCUGGGAUUGUUUUUUAAAUGGUUAGCGAGCUGUUUUACUCUACCUUGUUUUUAACUUUUUGUUUUGUACUCCUGGGCAGAUGUUUUUGGAUUGCCAUGUACGAUGGAUGUGACAUGUAUCUGGUCCUGUGUGCUUGUAAAAUAUAUACAUACAAAUACAAAACAAACAUGCGUACAUACACAGUUUAUAUAUUACUUUUCCUUAUGUAUAAAAGUAUAUAUAGAUAUAUGUAUAUUAACUACAAUGGUUCAGAAAUCAUUUAUGGUGAGCUCAUAUCUGGCUGAGCAGCGGCAAUAUUUGCUGCUGUCUAAAGAAAAUAGAUUUAGAUAAGAUGGUGUUUUGUUUCUGUUGCUGGAGUGUGGUUAGAUUCCAGCAGUCACUUUCCUGUUCUACUGUGUUGUCUGUAUUAAGGCUGUAGAUGGAUUUAGGGCAUUGCUCUAAAAUUCCCUGUCUUUGUACCGACUCUGUCUGUGACAGUGACAGUGCAGUGUCUAGACAAACAUCUUGCCCUAUCUGGCCCUUCCUCUUUCUCUCAGUCUCUGUGAAGAAUUCAAGAUGUUUCUUAACACUUUUCUUUCCUCUGCUCCUUGGGAAGCCUCAGCAGCGGUCUCUGGCUCACCGCCGACUGUCUCCUGUGUAGUGACCACUGACUGAAGCGUUAGCCUAGCGUUCUUUCUCCUCCACCUGCCGCACAUAGAGCCACUCGGUACAGUCUGUCAAAGCGUCUUAUUUACAGAGAAUACUCACUACAUAAAAAAAAGAAGAAAGAAA